UCAAUUCAUGAUGACGACACUCUCCUCAACUCAAGAGUUUCAAGUGUCAAGAGAAGGACAUAAAUAAAAGAUAAUAGUUGUCUAGUUGUGCGGUUUUCUUUGACAAUCCAUUAGCCCAACUAAUAAGAAAAUCACGUAUGUCUUAUUUAUUUCAAGGAGAUGAAUAAAUAAACUUUUAAUAAGUAUUAUGAUCUCCAUCCAUGUCCUAGUUACCGAUUCCCGCUAUUCCCCAAAAUAAAAUGUUUCAUCAUAAUGGCUACCUUUGUAAAAAUCACUUAGCUCUUUAUUUAUAAAUUAAUUUUAAAUUAUGGUUGUUCGGAAUCAUUACUUCAGCAUAAAAUUGUAAGGUCUUUUUGCGUUUUAACGAACCUGGAUAAGUCAAAAAUAGGGAAAUCCCCUGAAAAUUUUAUGAAAGCCCUAUGGUUACGAGUAUGCGCAGUAACGAAAAAUGUGUUACUGCGCAUAAUUAUACGUUAUUGCGCAUGCGCAUAAUCUAGUGAAAUUCUAGUGAUUUUUUUCAGUGAAAUCUAGUAACUUUUAUAGAUUUGACCUGGCAACACUGUCUAAAACCGAAACUGGCGAAACUCGAAACAAAUGACAAUCGAUGAUAUUUUAAUAAAUGGUAAUUACAUGAAAAACAACGCUCGCCCCCAAUAAAAAACUAUUGUACAAUCAUCAGUAAGUGAAACAGAAUUCAUUGAUAUAAAUUUCAUAUCCGUUAAACCGUCUACCCUUGUUCGGAAUUACAACCUUAAAUUUGUAAUAAUGUAAUGGCGUGGGUGCUGCUCUUAUGAUUUUGAAAAUGUUUAAAAUGACGCAUAUUGUUUUUACCAGAAAUGAAAUGGUUGAAUUUCUAAGAAAUUGUCCAUUUAAAAGUUUUAAAGGCAAAUAUGAUUACCUGUGCCAAAAAGUGAAUAUAUCCAUGAAAAGUGACGAACUAUCUGAAGAUUCGAUGAAAAAAUUGGAAUAUUUUAUUAAGCAGUAUAAAACUAAGUGGGAUUUAUCAUCGAGAUCUUAUCAGAGAUUCUGUAAAAAAAAUCAAACUUGGCUAGAAACUACUCUGGAAUUCUCUGCGAAUAUCAGUAAAACUUCUCAUGGGAGACCACAGCUAGAUUUUUCUUCAUCAAGUGAACGAUCAAAAAGAAGGAAAACAGAAAAUGUUCGUUCCAAAUUGAGUUCCCAAGAACUAACAUAUGCAGCCCAAAUGCAGUUUAGAGCUAAAGGUGAGGUAGAUACAGCAAUUGUAAUGAAAGAUAUUGCUUUUACUAGUCCAACUCGGGCAAAGAAAUAUAAAGAAGCUUACAGUAAUGCUAAACAAAACAUUAAAAUAUUGACUUCAGAUGAGGCGUUAUCGAUGGUGGUUGAGGGGAAAUUAACAAAAUCUCAGUAUAACCUCAUUAGAAAUACCGCCAGAGAGCACAACAGUAAUAUGUACCCCAAUUAUGAGGCAAUUAUAUCAGCCAAAACUAAGUGCUAUCCUGAUAAUCUACAUAUCACUGAAUCCGUUGCUGAAGUUUCUUUGCAAAACUUAUUAGAUCAUACAGUGUCUCGACUAUUUCUUAGUAUUGAGGAAGUUACUGAAUAUUUAAGCCUAAGGUAUUGAAAACCCUUUACCUUAUCACAAAAUGGGGUUGUGAUGGAAGUUCUGGUAUGAGUGAAUACAAGCAAAAAUUUUCAGAUCCCAAUGUAUCUGAUAGUAAUAUUUUUCUCACUUCUAUUGUUCCUAUACAAUUAAUAUCAGGUAAUCCUAAAAUAAAAGGAAAUGUUGUUUUAUGGCACAACCCUCGUCCAUCAUCUCCAAGAUACUGUAGGCCAAUCCGCGUGCAAUUUCUUCAUGAAACGACAUACUCUACAAUUCAAGAAAUGAAAUAUAUUGAAAACCAAAUAUCGCGGCUACAACCCACAUCAGUUACGAUCAACAACUGUAAGAUAAUUGUUAACCAUGAACGAGUAUUUACAAUGAUAGAUGGGAAGGUGUGCAAUGCAGUAUCUGAAAAUUCAUCAACACAAAAGUGUUAUUUGUGUGGUCUUUCAUCAAAAAAUUUUAAUAACAUUGAGUUAGUUAUGAAAACUCAAGUAAUAAAUAAAGAACAUCUACAAUUUGGAUUAUCCUCGUUACAUGCUUGGAUUCGCUUCUUCGAGUGUAUUCUCCAUUUGGCUUACAAACUUGUCAUUCGUAAAUGGCAAGCUCGUGGCAAAGAAGAUAAACAAAAGGUUGCUGAAAAUAAGAAAAAGAUUCAAGAAGCAUUUAGACAGGAAAUGGGUUUAUUGGUUGAUAAACCAAAACCAGGAUAUGGCAGCUCAAAUGAUGGCAAUACUGCUCGACGAUUUUUUGGUGAUCCCGAAACUUCUUCAAAAAUCACUGGGGUCAACAAGGAUCUUAUUUCCCGUUUUAAAGUGAUUUUAGCAACAAUUUCUUCUAGGCACAAGAUAAAAGUAGAACCAUUUAAAAUUUACUGUCUGGACACUGCUACAAGAUUUACGGAACUGUAUCCCUGGUAUAAUAUGCCAACCGCAGUUCACAAAAUAUUGAUUCAUAGUGCUGAAAUUAUUUCAUAUGCCAUUUUACCGAUUGGCCAAUUUGGAGAGGAAGCCCAAGAAGCACGCAACAAGGAUAUUAAAAGGUAUCGAGAGAGCUUCUCUAGAAAAUUUUCUAGACAGAAAAAUAUGGAGGAUGUUUUCCAUCGCCUUUUGAUAUCCUCAGAUCCCUAUAUUUCUAACUUAAGAAAACUAAUCCCCAAGGAAUUUAGUAAAUAUCCUGCUGAAGUAAUACAUUUCUUGGAAGAGCCUGAUGUUAACCGGGAACUUGCAGAUGAAACAUCCACUUCUGACACACAGUAAAUAAACAUUUGUUUGAGCAUGAUAUUAACACUGUAAUUUCAAAAAAUUAAAAUUUAUUUGAUACAU